AUGGCGUUGGGGACCUUUUCGAAUUUCAAGUUCUACAAUGUCACGGUUCCGGCGCAAUAUGUGGUGCAUGUCGAGAUCAACCGUCCAGAAAAGCUCAAUGCCUUUUAUGCGCCUAUGUGGUUUGAAUUGAAGGCCAUCAUCGAACAGUUGUCCCAUGACCCCGAAGUCCGGUGUAUCUUACUUUCGGGUGCUGGAGACCGAGCGUUUACUGCAGGCCUCGAUGUAGAGCAAGCAGCUAAAGCUGACAAUCCCAUCUCAUCAAACUUCCCCGAUCCCUCACGGAAGGCGACCGUGAUACGGAGGCAUAUACUUGAGCUACAGGAAGUCAUCUCGGCCGUCGCCCGUUGCGAGAAACCCGUGAUUGCGCUGCUGCAUGGGUACACGUACGGGCUGGGGAUCGAUCUGUCCUCGGCAUGCGAUUUGCGCUUUUGCCUCAGCGACACCAAAUUCUGCGUCAAGGAGGUCGACAUUGGGUUGGCGGCGGACGUGGGGACUCUGAGCAGACUCCCCAAGGUCGUGGGAGGCGUGACCAGUUGGGUUAAAGACGUCUGUCUGAGUGCACGACCAUUCUCGGCAGAGGAAGCGCUCAAGAACAACUUUGUGAGCCAAGUGAUAAAAGGAAGCAAGGCAGAGCUCCUUCAAGAGGGUGUCAAGUACGCCAAAUACUUGUCGACCAAGAGCCCUGUCGCCGUCCAAGGCACCAAGAACAUCCUCGAUGCAGCGUGGGGAAGGACUGUCGAAGAUAAUCUCAACUACACCGCGGUAUGGAACGCGGGCAUGGUGCAAAGCUCGGAUGUUCAGAGAGCCAUGCUCAGCGGCCUCCAGAAGAGGACGCCGACGUUUGAAAAGCUCUAG